UCGGCGGUGACGUGACGGGGCGCGCGCCUCACGUCAGUGGGCGGGGCCUGCGUCCAGGCUCCUCCAUCGCGGGUCCCCGCUGCCAGUCCAAAGCGGCUCGGCCAAUGGGCGGCCGGGACGCGGCAGGCGCGCCCCCCCCCCCCCACCCCCCGCUGAGCCAACUUCUCGGCCCCGCCCCCCUCCUUGAGCUGUCCUCUCCGCGAGCGUGAACGCGCAUGCUCCCCCUCCCCGCCCCCUCCCGCCACCACUAGGUCGAGUCGAGGAGGAGGAGGAGGAAGAGGAGGAGGAGGAGGAGGGAUGAGGCGCGCGGCGGAGGGGAAAUGGCUGCCGAAAACAAGCCGGAAGGACUGAAGAAGAUUAGGAAUCCAGAGCGAAUGGUCAGGAUCGCUGUUGGUUACACGGGACACACCCCUCCCAAGAGUGAUGACACCGACGCCAACAGUGAGCCAGGCCAGUUGAAGAUCUACCUUCCCAAGAAGCUGCUGGAGUGUCUGCCCAAAUGUUCCUCUCUGCCCAAGGAGCGCCACCGCUGGAACACUAACGAGGUGAGGAGGUGGCACGCCCGUGAAGGGAGGAUGUGGGAUGUGGGAAGAGCAGAUAAACAAACAGGAGGAUAG